AUGCUGACUUUUGUAGAUGAAAUGAGCAACCACUCCGAUGUCAAUGCUGAUGUCUCAUCGAAGAACUGGAGACGAGCAUUUCCACCAACGCCUCCGCCUUCACCAACGCCAGUUCACCACCACCAUCGCCACCUCCAUCUAUGCAUCCACAUCCAACACCACCACAAGCACCACCACCACCACCUCCAACACAAUCACUACCACACCCACAACCAGCAUUUCCACCAACGCCUCCGCCUUCACCACCAGCUUCACCAACUGGGUUCUGUUGUAGGUCACUCGGGGGUCAACCAAUUGGGUGGCGUGUUCAUCAACGGCCGUCCGCUGCCCGACUCGACGCGUCAGCGGAUAAUCGAGCUGGCGCAUUCAGGAGCUCGGCCCUGCGACAUCUCGCGCAUCCUCCAAGUCUCCAACGGCUGCGUCUCCAAAAUCCUCUGUCGCUACUACGAGACGGGAUCCAUUAGACCCAAGACUAUCGGCGGCAGUAAGCCACGAGUUGCCACGGACGCGGUUGUCGUGAAAAUAGCCGCCUACAAACGCGAAUGUCCCUCCAUCUUUGCCUGGGAGAUCCGUGACCGAUUGCUUCAGGAGGGAGUCUGCUCUGAGACCAACAUUCCCAGUGUUUCAUCAAUUAACCGAGUGCUGCGUAAUCUCUCAACUGAAAAUGUCAACAACGUAAAACACCGCCACUUCAAUUAUCACACCGGAGAUUGUCAUGCGAUUCCAGCAGCUGCGACGUUGACAGCAGCUGCAGCUGCCGCGGCAGCCGCCUCCACAAAGAGCGGCCUCACUCAGGAACCCCAAGUGCGCUUGCAGGACCCUCUUGUCACACCCCACCAGCACCCACCUCCCCGGCUUCAUCCUCAUCCGGCAUCGCCGCCAUCUUCCCCUCAUUUUCCGCUUUCCACGUGGACGGGGACCUGGUAUCAACCCGCACCUCCUUCAACUGUUAUCCCGCCGAAAUUUGGUGAUUAUCACAGCGGAUACAGCAGUGCCGGUGUGGAUUACUGUCCGGUUAUUUGCGCAGACCCCCGAACCCACCACCACCACCACCAACUUCAGUGGCAGGAGAAAUGGACCACCACGGAUUGCGCGAAACUGGUCGGCAGUAAAGGUGAUAUUUGUCUAACCAGACAAAACUACCGUGGUUAUCCGACAGACAGCCCACUAGCAACCAAGGACGAGGCGACUGUCCAGCAGCGAUUCCGAGCUGCCUUCUCGGCUGAGCAGAUCAAAGAAUUAGAACGAGAAUUCAAGAGGUCGCCUUACCCAGACAUCGUGUCCCGCGAGAGGCUGGCCAAUGACCUUCGAAUGGCCGAGGCCCGAAUUCAAGUUUGGUUCGCCAAUAGGCGAGCUAAGUGGCGGCGAGAUGAGCGUUGCCGAUUGGAAGGUGGCGCCACAAGGUCACAAUCAUCCACAUCAUCUCAGGCCUACCGUCAACCAGAAGCGAGCAAAUCUCCCGCAUUGGUAAUCGAUUCCCGCAGAUACGACGCAAAUGGUUCAGUUUUCCCACCACUGAAUGAAUGCCUCUACAAAUCCAACGGAUCCGGCCAACUAACCAAUCUCCAACCAGCCAAUCUGACCACUCUAAACCGUCUUUUCGGGCCCUGGUCAGAGACCCAUGAAGUACCACUGGCCCGAUCGAAUGACACUUCACUUGACCGACCCGUCUUCUAG